AUGCUGGGGGACCGACAGUACGAGCAAUGGUUCCUUUUGAACCUCCGAUGCAAUCAAGCAACGUUUGUUGAAAUUGUGGCUUGGUUCCGUUCCGUCCAGGCUCCCACGACACCACGCAAGUCCGUGCACUCCAUGGAGAAGAAGGCCGGUGGUGUGUUUGGCAUGUCCAAGUCGCGGUGCAUUUGUGUUGUACAUCACAUGGUUGACAUCUUGACUAACCGUGCAAGCACAUGGAUCAAUUUACCGAGCACAUUGGAUGCAUGGGCCCAGGUGGAGUUGGGUUUUUUCAAGAAGCAGCAAAUUCCUGGGAUCGUUGGCGCAGUCGACGGCACUCUCAUCGAUAUUCAACGCCCUGCCGACUACGAUGGAUUCUAUAAUCGGAACGGUGACCCGUCGCUAAACGUCCAAGCUGUCGUGGAUGCGGACCUGCGAUUUAUAUCCGUGGAUAUUUGA